AUGAGUGGUUCGCAGAAACAGUUGGCGGUGAGUAGCAACGCAAAUGGCGGUGAUGACGGUAACAACCCGCCGCCCGUCGUCUAUGCGGCGGCGCGGAUGGAGAGUGAAACCUCGCCGAUAGGCUCCGGGCCCGAGGGCUUCUUCAGCUUCUCCAAACAAGGCAAACUCAGGUGGUGGUCGGCGAUUAUUCUGGCGCUCUAUGUUGCGGGGACGCUCUCCGCGGUUCUGGUUCUCAUCGUCUGCUCCGUGCGACGCACAUCCCACGUUUCAAACAAGGCUUCGAACAGCAGUUCUGCAGCAGGUGAAUCUGCAUUCACAACAUGGCAGCCUUCGUGA